AUGACUGUCACCUACACUGCAAGAGUGGCGAACGCUCGCUUCUGUGGGUUCUCUAAGCUGCUACUGGCGUGGAAGGGAAGUAUUUACAAGGUAUUGUACAAGGAGUUCAUUGCGUUUUUCGCAAUGUACACCGCUAUCAGCAUCUCAUACAGAUUCUUUCUCCUGGAUGAUCAUAAGAGGUACUUUGAGAAACUGGCCAUAUACUGCAACCACUAUGCAAGCCUUAUCCCCAUGUCCUUUGUGUUAGGUUUUUAUGUGACAUUAGUCGUAAACCGCUGGUGGAGUCAGUACACCUGCAUCCCGCUACCUGACCGGCUGAUGUGCGUGCUCUCGGGCGGCCUGCAGGGCGGCGACGAGCGCGGCCGGCUGCUGCGGCGCACGCUGAUGCGCUACGCCAGCCUGUCUGCCCUGCUGAUCCUGCGCUCAGUCAGCACCGCCGUCUUCAAACGCUUCCCCACCAUCGACCACGUCGUGGAAGCCGGGUUUAUGACGAGGGAGGAGCGAAAGAAGUUUGAGAACAUGCAGUCGCCUUACAAUAAGUACUGGAUGCCGUGCGUAUGGUUCACAAACCUAGUGGCUGUGGCUCGCUGCGAAGGCCGGAUCAAAGAUGACAACACUCUGAAACUGCUGUUGGAGGAGCUGAAUGCCUUCAGAGGGAACUGCAGCAUGCUCUUCCACUAUGACAUGAUCAGUGUGCCUCUGGUCUACACGCAGGUGGUGACCCUCGCAGUGUACAGUUUCUUCCUCGUUUGUCUGAUAGGCCGGCAGUUUCUCGAUCCCACCCAAGGUUAUUUGGGUCAUGACCUUGACCUGUACGUUCCCAUUUUCACACUGCUGCAGUUCUUUUUCUAUACGGGCUGGCUGAAGGUAGCAGAACAGCUAAUUAACCCCUUUGGUGAGGACGAUGAUGAUUUUGAGACCAACUGGUUAAUUGACAGGAACUUCCAGGUGUCCAUGAUGGCUGUGGAUGAAAUGUAUGGAGACCUUCCGGUUUUGGAAAGGGACCGAUACUGGAACGACUCGAACCCUCGGCCCCCCUACACUGCUGCCACUCUGUUCGUCCUACGGAAGCCCUCCUUCCAGGGCUCCACGUUUGACAUGGCUGUUCCCAAGGAGGAGAUGCACUUCCAGCCCCUGGAGGACAUCGCAGAGAACCUGGAGGAGUCUGGGAGCAGACACCCCAACCAGGCCCUGCUGGCCCGCCUGCUAAACUCCGCCCCGUCCCCGACCAGCCUGAUGGGCGAAGCCUUGCGUCGAACCUCCGCCCAGCUCCAGAGACUGACGCGUCCGCCCAGUCCGGACCCCGAGUCCUCUGACUCCAUCGGAGACGACGAUGACGGAGGCUCAGUCCGUUCCGCUCAGGGCCAGGACACGCAGAGCACCAUCUGCAGCUGCGGGGAAUUCACCGGCCCACGCCCGAUAUCGCAGUUUGAGGGCGAGGAAGAGAAGGAGGGUGUGAACCUCUGGCAGAGGCGGACGGAGAAAGAAAAGAAUCAACUGCCCAACCCCUCCAUGCGGCACAAGCAUCUCAAAUGA